GGGGGGUGGGCCCGAUGGCCUCGCAAGGCCUGGCGGAGGCGCUGGCUGCCGUGCUGGGGGGCAAGGGGCUGCCGGUGCAGGGCUGUGACUCGGAGCCGGCCGGACAGCCGCCGGUGCCCGCGCGGCUGCGGAAGAACGUCUGCUACGUGGUGCUGGCCGUGUUCCUCAACGAGCAGGACGAGGUGUUAAUGAUCCAGGAGGCCAAGAGGGAGUGCCGAGGGACGUGGUACCUCCCCGCGGGGCGAAUGGAGCCGGAGGAGACCAUCGUGGAGGCCAUGCAGCGGGAGGUGAAGGAGGAGGCUGGACUCCUUUGUGAGCCCGUGACACUGCUGUCAGUGGAGGAACGGGGAGCCUCCUGGGUCCGCUUUGUGUUCCUUGCUCGCCCAACAGGCGGAGUUCUUAAAACCUCCAAAGACGCCGAUGCAGAGUCUCUGCAGGCUGGCUGGUACCCACGGCUUUCCCUGCCCACUCCGCUUCGAGCCCAUGACGUCUUUCACCUGGUAGAGCUAGGCGCCCAGUACUGCCAGCAAGCCACGCAUCCUCACAUUCUGCCUCAGGAGCUUCCUUGCAGUAUGGUCUGCCAGAGGCUGGUGGCCACCUUUACCAGUGUCCAGACAGUAUGGGUACUGGUGGGCACAAUGGGGACGCCUCACUUGCCCAUCACUGCCUGUGGCUUCACACCCAUGGAGCAGAGGGGUGGCAUCAAGGUGGCUGUCCUGCGGCUGUUGCAGGAAUGCCUGAUCCUGCACAAUUUGUCAGUGGAGACCAAGGGAUUGCUUGGACUACAGCAUCUGGGCAGAGACCACGUAGAUGGCAUCUGCCUGAAUCUGUUAGUGGCGGUGGCCUUUAGGAACCCAGGAAUCCAGGACGAGCCCCCAAAAGUUCGGGGUGAGAACUACUUUUGGUGGAAGGUGAUAGGGGAAGACCUACAAAAGCAGCUCCUACACAGACUCCAAGAGACCUCUGUUGUCCCAGUGAACAGAUAGAAAAUGAGCCAGAAAUGACUGGCCACUGAGCAGCCUCCCUUCCUCCGAGGCAGGCAGGUUGGGAGUCAGGAACCUCCUUGUACUGGGUGAAGGGUCCUAUUGCACCAAAAGGCACAGUGCCUUCAAGUGCUCAAGGACCCAAUGGUCCUGGGGGUACAUGGAUGCUGUUAAGAGAGUGGGGGGCUUUCUGAGUCCCAGAUGGCAUAUUGUCAUUUCUGUUCCCACCUUGGUGAUGGCUGCAUGCUAAUCCUUUUGGGCACUUAAAUUUGGAGGGAGGCAUGCCCUUCCAGGCAGGGACCCCAUCACUGAGUAAACAAGUGUUGCUUGC